GCGGGAAAGUGGUUCGCUUGUCCCCUAGGGUGUCAGAAAUCGCCCUCUAGAAGCCGUCGGGCUACCAAAACACUCCACAGCGGUGGUAUCAACUCGAGUGAAACUCGUAUUUCGAUUCGUGAGCCGGAUAAAUAAUUAUAAAAAAUAUAUAUAUAUAUGUGUGUAUUAAAAAAAAAAAAAUUGGGACGAUCCAGAUAAGACGUGGGGACAAAUGUCUGAUGUGUCGUGGACCGAACGUGGGAGGUCAGUCUAUUUUCACGAACGUUGAUCGCCCGGUCUGUUCGUCUGUGUGUGUGGAUUUUACGUUGGGGGAAUAUGUUCAGAAUUUCGAGGUAUAAACUGCCUUGACGACAGCGUGUCUCUCUGUUUACGCUAUGGAUCUGUACCGCCUGUUGGGCUCGAGUUUAUUUGGAGUACUUAUUCUACUAGUGUCGAGCGGAAACUCCGAUUUGAAAAUAACUCGACCUCCUCGUAACGAGACCGUUCUGGAAGGCCAUCGAUUCAGCUUUCCAUGCAAGGCCAAGGGUCACCCUCCGCCUCGCAUCCACUGGUUCCACAAUGGGGAGCAGAUGAACAAGAACGGUCGGAACUACCACAUCUCCAAUAAGUCAGGCACGCUGCGCAUUUCCAACGUCUACGUCAUUGAUCGCGGGGAGUACCAGUGUAGAGCGGACAACGGUGCCGAUGCUUCUGUCCUGUCUGAGAAGGUCUACCUCACUGUUAAUGCCAAAGCUACCAUCUAUGACUGGUUUAGUCAGGAGCGUCAGACAGAGUAUGGUCACAAAAUGCAUCUAAAAUGUCAGGCAUUUGGAAUACCAUUACCUUCGGUGCAGUGGAGGAAAAACGGAACAUCGAUAACGAAUCAUGAUACAACGAUUACCCCAUAUGUAACAAGCAUUCAGCACAAAGACCGUUAUGAGGUUCGAUCUGUUCUGCACAUUGUGGUCACAGAGACUGCCGAGUACGAAUGUGAAGCCGUCAAUGAACACGUGGGAGGAAUAACGGUCGUGUCCAAACGAGUGAUAGUCAAAACAACCAGUCCCACAAAAACAUCAAGAAAACCCAGCAUUUGGAAACCCUCUGUGUGUGAGCCAUACAAGGGAUCUGUGUGUAAGCACAUCCUUGGUACAGGGAAUGUCUACUACAACCAGUCGCUUGCCAACCCUGCCGGAGACCCCGAGAGGCUGGUACAGAAUCUCCUGGCUGAUAUGAACGCCUCCAGGUUCUCAGCUUUGUGUCAGGAUGCAGCAGAGAAGAUACUGUGUCAUUAUGCUUUCCCUGAUUGUGUCCCAACUGAGCUCAAACCAGUGCCAAGGACCGUGUGCAGGGAGAGUUGUCACGCUACUCAGAUCUUGUUGUGUUAUCGGGAAUGGGCUAUGGUGGACGAUACAAGGAGAAACCCGACAGUGUUGCAUGGCAACAGCUACUUCCAGCUUCCAGAAUGUUCCAGCCUGCCAAGCAAGUUCAACAGCUCAUGUACUGAAGCUAGGAUAUUUGAGAGACAACCACAUGAAGUCACAAGCGAGUGCUACACAGAUACAGGGCGCUGGUACAAUGGAACUGUGAAUGUAACAAAGUCAGGAAGGGCCUGCCAGGCAUGGUCCACGAACUUCCCCCACAAACACGACCGACCGCCGACAACAUUCGUAGAGCUGGAGAACUCUGAAAACUAUUGUCGCAAUCCUGGUUCCGAAGAAGCUAGUCCGUGGUGUUACACUAUGGAUAAGUUCACACGCUGGGAACGCUGUGAUAUCCCCAAGUGUGAUGUUAAUGGCACAGAUCCAGAUGGAAAUGGUUUGGAAAUGACUGAUAAAACCAAGACAGAUGGCCAGCCCAUAUUCACACUGGAUGUCAUUCUAAUCAUCACCAUCAUCGCGUCCGUCAUCGUCAUCGUCAUGGGACUGAUAGCAGGGUUGUUUUACUAUGUGUUUGCUCACAACCGCUCAGUCCGAUACAAUGCCACUCCACAAGAAGACCUUGACAUUGACAUUGAGAAGCUUCCGCAGAACCAGUCAUACCACCUGAUGAAGGAGAAGCAACACCUGAACCCUAAACUGGAGAGUCUGGAGUACCCGAGGAAUGAUAUUGUGUACAUAAGAGAUAUUGGGCAGGGUGCAUUUGGACGCGUGUUCAAAGCCAAAGCGCCAGACAUUGGUAAGGACGAUUUUACGAUGAUUGCAGUCAAAAUGUUGAAGGAAGAUGCUUCUGAUGACUUGCAGUCAGACUUUGAAAGAGAGGCUUCGCUGAUGGCCAAUUUUUCACACCCAAACAUUGUUAAGUUACUGGGCGUGUGUGCCAUUGGUAAGCCCAUGUGUUUGCUGUUUGAGUUCAUGAGUAAAGGGGACCUGAAUGAAUUCCUCAGACUGUGCAGUCCGGAUCAUUAUAUCACUCAUUCUCAUUCGGACUUCUUUGGCUACGAGGUGGCCAACAUUGACCUCGUUGAUCAGCUGUAUAUAUCAAAACAGGUUUCUUCAGGAAUGGUGUAUUUAUCAUCCAAAGGAUACGUUCAUAGGGACCUUGCCACGAGAAACUGUUUAGUCAGUGAAAACUUGACUGUUAAAAUAUCAGACUUUGGCUUAGCACGCAGUGUUCACAGUGUGGAGUAUUACAAAGGCACGGAAAAUGAUGCCAUUCCCAUUCGGUGGAUGCCUCUGGAAGCCAUUAUGUACAAUAAAUUCUCAAUUCAGUCCGAUGUGUGGUCAUUUGGUGUGGUGCUGUGGGAGAUUUACUCUUUUGCUUUACAGCCGUAUUACGGCUUGACUCACGAAGAGGUGGUUAAGUACAUUAAAGAAGGAAAGGUCUUGUGUAGGCCGGACAAUGUAAUACCACAGAUUUAUGAGAUAAUGCGGUCUUGUUGGCAUAAGAAACCAUCGUCAAGACCUUCAUUCCAUUCGCUUCAAGAUUCACUUGAAGCCCUGUAUGAAGAUCGGAAAAAGAAGAGGAAAAAGGAAAACAUUUGAUGGAAUAAUCGUGUUUUGCUGUUUGGAACAACAGUGUGCACAGUGAUACAAAGGAUCUGUGGUUGGCAGCAUCUCCAGAGGAACGUGCAGAAGCUGAUGGAAGUUGCAUAUGGGUAUGCAAUAAGGUGAUUCCAUUGCACAAGCUGAAACCAAUUCAAGUUGAGGAGGAAAAGGGUAACAAUAGUCGAACAACCAUUGGUUUUUGUCAUCUUAAUGCCAAAGGACUUGACAAAUCAGAUGUUGGCAUCAGUUGAUGAUGGUAUCAGUUGAUGACUGCACAUUUUCUAAAAUGGUGGUGAAACCAUGAUGGUUAGCCAUGGGAUAAAGCUGCAUGAAAUCCUCAAGAAAAACAAAUCAUUCCCUGUGAAACCUCAUUACCAUUCUGAUUGUAAUUAAAGCAGCAUUAUAUGUUUUGCUGCUAACACAAUGAGCUGGUUUUGGUUGCCUGCUUGUUGUAGCAGUUGACAUAUGUUAACCUGCUUUAGAUUGCUGUGUUUGAUACUAUAACCAGGUUGAACAGGAUCAGUCUGGACAUUUCUGGACAUAUCAUGAUGAAGGAACAAAACAGCCAGUAGUUUUGUGUGUAGGUUUAUGUUUUAUGUAUUUUGUAUUGACAUAAAUUAAUACAUUUGAUGUUG